GGGCCGGCUGCGUCGCCCUCACGGCCCCACCCAACCAAUCUCGAUCGAUCCAACGACCAAAGACAAAGUUUGAGCAGGAGGAGGAUUGAUGAGCGAGGUCCAGCCAUGGAUGCUCUGGAGCGCCACUGCAUCAGGGGCUUCCUCGUCGACGCCAGAUUCGCCACCAAGCUCGCCGCUCCACCGUCCAGGGGUAGGAGGAGCUGCAUUUGGGUUCCUUUUCCCACGCGACUUCGGAGGCCGCCGAUCCUCCUGCCGAUCUCUUCUUCUUCUUCUUCUUCCUCCUCUACUUCUUUGCCCUUCGCCAUAGCAUCGUCCGAGGUGCAAGCGGAUGCGCUCACUCCCGAUUCCCCUGCUAAGACCGUGCGCGUGAGGUUUGUUCUACAGAAGGAAUGCUUCUUCGGCCAGCAAUUCUUCAUCGUCGGCCAUGAUCCGACGUUUGGCCAGUGGGAUCCUGCAAAUGCGAUUCCUUUGGAGUGGUCUGCCGGCCAUGUAUGGACAGCUGAGCUGGAUGUGCCUGCCGGGAAGACGAUCCAGUUCAAGUUCAUACUCAAAGGUCUCUCAGGAGACAUCAGUUGGCAGCCUGGCCCUGAUAGAUCUUUGCAAACAUGGGAAACCACCAAGACCGUUGUCAUUUCUGAAGACUGGGACGAUGCGGGGUGCCGAAAGGUUACUGAGGAACAUCGAGGAGUCUUCGUUGCGGUCGAACCACAGUCCCCUGAGCUCAAUUUUGGUGGUAACAAUGGUGCAGUAGAGGAUCAGACUCCAGUGCCUGACUCGGCACAAGUUCCUGUGUCUGGGAGUGCUAUAGAUCCCCCACAAGAAACAAUGGUGUUCAAUGUUCUCGAUGCGCCGUCCAAAUCUGUCGAGGCUGAGCACGACAACUUGCCGCAGGAAACAACGGUGGUCAAUGCUCUCGAUGCGCCGUCCAAAUCUGUCGAGCCUGAGCACCACAACUUGCCGCAGGAAACAAUGGUGGUCAAUGUUCCUGUUGAGGCUGAGCACGACAACUCGCCGCAGGAAACAAUGAUGAUCAAUGUUCUCGAUGCACCGUCCAAAUCUGUUGAGCCUGAGCACCACAACUCGCCGCAGUUCUCUCGGGAAGGAGAUGAAUCUGAGGGGCCAAUCAGAAACCAAAUUCAAGAAGAGACUGUUGCACCUUUUCGACAACUGAACAUCGAAUCUGAAGAAGUUGAGAGUGUUGAUGGGGCAAUGAGUCGAGACAAAGAUCUUCCUAAAAAAGCUGACUUAAAGUCGAUGGCUGGGAUCAUUCGUAAUGACUUCCAAUGGGGUGGUAGAGCCAUAAAACAGUUCCUCACGAGUCUGGGAAUUAUUUCACCCUGAUGGAAAUUUCAUAAUGAUCUUGUGUAACUUGUUGCUUCAUGUGUAAUUUGAGCAGCAGCAGAGAUUUAUUUUUUAACUA